UGUUUCCCGCCUGUAUUUGUAAUGAUUUAUUCAGGACCCGGAAACUGCAGCGGAGUGACAGCUCUCUGUGCCCUAACAAUAACAGUCUGAGAUGCUUGGAUGCAAUUGUCUUAAUUUUAGAAGAAGGAGGCACAUGUUCAACGUCUGAACCCCUGGUGGACCGGACUACAGAGGAUUGUGGAUAACAAAAACGAGUUUGGUUUACAAGGAGUGUUUUUCUGUCUGCUGUUUGCCUCCGCCGUCUGUGCAGCAUUCAAAAGGUCCGCCUUCUGGAAAGACAGGUGUGGGAAUGAACAAGUCCAGGUCCAGCUGGGAUAAAAAAGCUUCCCAGCCUGCAGUCACCAGGAUAACCCGCAGCUCCAGCUCUCAGGCCAGACAUCCUGACCCUGCAGAGACUCAGGACCCGGGUCCAGGUUCAUAUGGAAAACAAAGAAAGAAGCAGACAGACUCUGCUUUGGCCCAGGACCUGAGCCUGAUGAGUGUAAGCAGACAGGACAGUUUACCUGCGAGUAAAGGAAAGUCAAAAGGCAGCACUGUCUCCAUUCAGGCUGCUCACUCCUCUGGGUCCGGAUCUGAUCAAGAAAAGUCGUCUGUGUCUUCUGUAAAGUCCUCAUCCAGGGGAGGUCUGGCCUCUGUGGGUCGGCUGGUGAAGCUUGGUCGCUGUAAGAAGGUGGUGGUGGUGGCUGGAGCAGGAAUAAGCACAGCUAGCGGCAUUCCUGACUUCAGAACUCCAGGAACAGGUCUUUACGCCAACUUGGAAAAGUACAACAUCCCGUAUCCAGAGGCUGUUUUCAACAUUGACUACUUCACCAACGACCCGCAGCCUUUCUUCUCUCUGGCCAAGGCUCUGUAUCCUGGCAGCCAUCGACCAAACUACAUACACUACUUCAUCCGCAUGCUUCACCACAAAGGCCUGCUGCUCCGCAUGUACACGCAGAACAUCGAUGGACUGGAGAAGGUGUGUGGCAUCCCUGAUGACAAACUUGUUGAAGCUCACGGUAGUUUUGCCACAGCUUCCUGUCACCUGUGCUACACUGCCUAUCCUGCUGAAGAUGCUCAACAUGCAAUCAUGAAUGAUAACGUUCCCAUCUGCACGUUCUGCGCUGCAACAGUCAAACCUGAUGUUGUGUUUUUUGGAGAAGAUCUUCCUCAGAAGUAUUUCCUGCACACUAAAGACUUUCCCAAAGCAGACCUGCUUAUCAUCAUGGGAACUUCUUUACAGAUUGAGCCGUUUGCCAGCCUGGUGAACACGGUGCGCUCCACUGUGCCGCGUCUCCUCCUGAACCGACACGCUGUGGGUCCUUUUGAGAAGGUCCCUCUGCGCAAAGGAGACCACAUGGAGCUGGGUGACCUGGAGGACACAGUGCGAAGGUUUGCUGAGAUGCUCGGCUGGAGCAAUGAGAUUGAAGAACUGAUGAGGACUCAGGAGACAGUGAACAUAAGUGGACAGACACCUUCAGUGGAGACAUGCAGGUCCAAACAAGACCCUCAGAGAGCAGCCAGCAGCGGCAGCGAGGAGACAGACUCAGAAACGGACAGCAAGAGCUCUGCCUAAUGGAGCUGGAGCGAGCGACACUGAAUGUUUCAUAAACCACGGCACUGGAAAUGUCUGUGUUUGAACGAAGGUGGGAAGAUACUCUCAAACUGUUCUGCUGUUAACUGUUCAGGUUUCUUCUUGUGCUCGUGUGUGUUGGAGCGUGAGACAUCUUUACCUCAUCAUGUCGGUGUCAUAGAGUGAGUCAUGUUUUUUUUUUUGCUAUGUUCAUAUGUAAAUUUAAAAAAUGUAUCAAAUACAGUUUAUCAAGCCCAACAAGCAUAUUUAAAGCACUUACUAUUCAAGGAGGGCUCAUCCUGAACACUAGUAAAUACAUAUGAGCCCUGUUUCUUCAGGUGUUUUAAUUAUUCCAUGUCUAAGGGUAUUGUUUUAUAUCAGCCUAAUACUAUAUUUUAAACAGUAUUCAAUAAAAGUGUUGUGUCUUUUCCUUCUCGA